GCUCUAUUCACUCAAAUGAAAAAUCAGCACGCGAAACGAACAAUUUAAUCUCAUAAUUGACUUGAUUCUUUUCUACUCUCUUUAGUAGUUUUCUGUUUCCAAAAAGAGAGAUAGAAUGUAUCAUAUGCGUUCUUCGUUCAUCGUUCUACUCAUUGCCUCGAGUAUCUUGAGUCUUGUCAGUGCAGUGAAGUUCGAAUUACCAGCUGUUACGAAAGAACAUGCAAGUCAAGGUGUGAAGUGUUUAUCACAAUACGUAGCGAAAGAUACUCUGGUGCUCGCCACAGUGAAUGUCGGUCAGGGCUAUAACCAACGCGUGGAACUUGAGAUUUUUGAUGGUACUGAAGCCCGUAAUGUGUAUACCAAAAAGAGCAACAUCAAUGGUGAGAUUCGUAAUGCUUUCAAUACAAUCGACGAAGGCGAAGUGAUGGUUUGUUUCACCAACAUUCUUGAUGAAGGUUUUCAGGAAGGAGAUAGUUACAAGCGCACCGUUGAAUUAGAGUUUAGCGUUGGUGCUGAGGCUACUGACUUCAAAAAGAUAGCAAGUGCUGAGAAGCUUGACCCUCUCGAACUCGAGCUUCGUAAAUUAGAAACAGUUGUGAAAGAAAUUGUCGAUGAGAUGAAUUACUUAAAGCGUCGUGAAGCUAGAAUGAGAGAUACCAACGGUAAGAGAAAAAGUAUUUGUUAGGGGACCAAUCGUCAACAGAUAAUCUUUAAUGCUUAAACUUUCCCUGUCAUUUAUCGAUAGAAUCCACCAACGAACGUGUUAAAUGGUUCAGUAUUCUUUCAUUAUUCACACUCUUCUCCCUCGGCACAUGGCAAAUUUUGUAUUUGCGCCG